AUGUACUUAGGAAAUUGGUUCAGAAAAUGGUUUGACAAAAUUCACGCCGAACAAAAUUUCGAAACAGCGCUGAUUUUACGAAAUAAGACUACAGACUGUUUUCUGGAAAAUUUACCGAAUCUAAUGUCACAUCCGCAGAUGCACCUCCGUGGUAACGACUCUUUUAUGUGGAAAAAUAAAUUCAAUAUGGAAAUUUUGACACUCGUUUGUCUGCAAAAAUACUUGGAUGUAGAUAUUUUGACAACUUUGGCAAAAAUUUUGAACCAGAUACGUCAUACACGUGUUAUAUUUCUUCUAAAGGAUUUCGUACAAAUACAGGAUUUACAUGACCAACUGAUGAAAUUCUGCGCGCAGUAUGAACUAACUAAUGUCAUUAUUUUAUUUGACGAAUUAAUGAAGGAUGAGCUCUUCUACCGUUACUUACCAUACCCAACGUAUCAAGUAGUACGAUCAUCAUUCAGAAAUUUAACAACAAUUUAUCCAAAACAAUGGUUAAAUUUUAAGGGAAAAGUCUUCUUGACUCUGCCAGAUCAGAUAGAACCGCGCUCUGUCAUGUAUGUGGAUCGAUAUGGCGAGAAAAAAUUAAGUGGAUUUGUAGCCAAACUUAUACAAACAUAUGCUGAAAUAUAUAAUGCUACACUGCAAUUUCUCUAUCCGGUAGAUGUUGGUGAAAUUAUUCAUUUAAAUAUACUGGAGAAAUUUGUAGAGAAUCGUAGCCUAGAUAUACCAAUUAGUCUUGCAGGUGUACAAAAUUUUAAUGCCUUUCACAAUGGAUCUUAUCCAAUUGAAUUAAGUGAAUGUGAUUAUCAUACGAACUCGAAAGGAAGUCGAAUUAAGAUAAAUUAUUUAAACAUAUUCUUAAAUGAUAAGGUUGUGCCGGGAAUUUUAGGCCAGUCUUAUAUAUUGCAUACAACACCGAAACUUGCUUACAAAUUUUUGUAUAUGUCAAUUUUUAUGUUAGGCUUGAUGAUGAAUACACUUUUCGCAGCUCAUUUAAAAACACUUAUCACUACUCAUCCAAAUUUGCCAGAAGUAACAAACUUCGAAGAAUUACGAAAAAUGAGGAUGCGUAUGUUAUUUGACGAAAUUGAAGUAGACACGAUAGAUAGGAUUCUUGGCACCAAUUUGCUUGAACCCAUAAGAGAUCUAAUUGAUACAGCAGACACUUUAACGUUCCAGAAUCAAAGAAAAAGUUUAAAUACUUCUCAUACAUAUACAGUAACCACUUCUCUAUGGCGUGUAUUUGAAGAGCUACAACGUUUCUUCAGUCGUAAGCUUUUCCAAGUACCAAAUGCAAUGGUUCUUAUAAAAUUUUCUUUAAUGAAAGUGCCUUUACAAGAGAACUCAGUACUCAAGGAAUCGUUUGACCAUUAUUCCGGCUAUGCAAAAGCAGCCGGCUUGUUUCAGCAUUGGUACUCAAGUACUUUUCAGGACAUGUUAUCAGCAAAAAAAAUUUCUAUUAAAGAUAAAACAAAACGAAAUCACUACAGUAUUUUAACUGUAAAGGAUUUUAAAUGGAUCUGGUUGUUACUGGGCUGUGGUCUUAUUGCUGGUACUAUAGCUUUUCAAAUAGAACUACUUUAUUAUUUUUUUAAAAAUAACUUCAAACAGCAACGCAUUCGAACAUUCAAAGAAUGA